AUGACCCGGUACAGGCGGAGCCUGGAGAUGGUUUCGGAGGGUGUCGAAGGCAUGGCGCUGAUCCUGACCCCAAACAAACAGGACGCCGUCCUUUGUUCGGCAAACAUAUCAUUAGGAGCGCCGAUAUGGUUGUCCGUGGAGGUGGAGGAUGUGAACAACUUUAACGAACGGACUAUGCGUUUCAGUUUAACGUUGACAACCUAUCAUGUUUACCUGACAUCGUGCACCUCUGUGAGGAGAAUAUCCCACCCGUAUGCAUUGCUUCCUGCGGGAGAUAACGUCUUGGAAAGACAUUACAUCGGCCAUGUUUUCGUACCCGACACGUUCAUCGACGAAGCUGUGAACGUGCAUUUGGUGCCCUCCAUGGAAAAGCUCGAGUACACGUACACUGCUGAAGACUACAGAAAUGAUGUCGACAGAAAGCAGUGCUUCUUCGCUAUGACAACUAAGCUCAACACCACUGUCACCUGCUUGAUGACAUUUUCUUACUUCCCUAUGGACACCCAGACGUGCUACUUGACUUUACGGAGUUAUUCUUACCCUAAACACAUUCUGCGCUACCUGUGGAACCGGGACAACUUGACUAUAGAAAAGGACCGAUUUCGAGUUCCCGAGUACAACGUCACUAUUUCCAAAAUUGCUUAUGAGCCAACCGGAGGAAAUGAAGACACAACUGGGGAGGAACGCGCACGGCUACGGCUCCGCUUCCAAUUCCGCAGGCAAAUAGAGCGGCACCUGGUUGACACCUUUGUUCCCACGGCGUUCUUGGUGGUUCUUUCGUGGCUCUCGUUCUGGUUGGGGACCAAGAAUACUCAGCCUCGCGUAGCACUCUGCGCAGUCGUUCUGGUGGCCACCCUACAGCAUCUGACAGCGGCCAGGAAUUCUCUGCCACCAUCUCGGACGUGGACGGGCCUUGACAUAUGGACUAUUCUCUGCUUAGGAUUUGUGUUCACAUCCAUAGUGGAAGUUACCUUCGUCUGCUACUGCAGCCACACCACCAUCACCUAUGGUUAUUCGUCGCCGCCGAAUACAGAGGCUCCCCGGCACGUCGGGCGUUUCGAGGAAGUGGAACCUGAUAUUUCCGGAAUACCAGAAAUACCACGAACCAAGAAUCGCUCGUCUCGAUUAGGACACGACAUUGGCGGAAUCCACAAGAGAACUUUAGGAACAGCUGAACGCACCGACAGGUUCUGCAGAGUUGCCUUUCCUGCGGCAUUCUUUGUCUCAAACAUAAUGUACUGGUCCUGGUUGUACGUCAACCGAGUAAAAAGUCAGUGAAGAGGAAAAAGGACACACAAGCAUUUUUCUAGCGUAUUCUACAGAGGAUUCCAGGUUAUGUGCAUUUUUUCGUCAAUAAAAGCUACCGGUAAAGCACCAG